CGCUUUCCGGCGUUUUGCGUGGAGCCUCAUGGAUUCGAAUCUGCGAUUCUGGAAGAGCGAGGGCAAAACUUUUUCCCAGAGAUUUUUUCACUGGAUAGAUAUUUUGGACCCUUUGCUCUUAUUUAAAUCCCAGGAGGAAAUCAAAACAUCCAGAGAACUUUUACUAACUAGUGGGCCAGAUAUCACAAAGUCCUUACUGAACAAAAAGAUAAAAGAAGCCUGGAAUCUAAGUUUGUUUUGUGUUUGUUUUUUUUCCUUGAAGGCCUCGGUAAAUCCUAGCACUGGAGAUAUAGUGCCUCCUAUAUUUCGGCUACCAGCUUUCCUGCCGCUUACUGUUCCAUUGGUCCUUGGAACUUCAUUACUGCCCAACGGAGUGAAGCAUGCAUUUUUGGGGCAGUUGCUUUUCCACACAUAUAUAACUUCAUUCAACUUGGCACAUGGAAAUACUACACGGAAACCAGAAGAGUUUCCACACAAGCAGAUGCUUCUCACCACAGGGGCAAUUGUGUAUUCUGCGAGCACAGGCGCUUUCCCUCACUACAUCUUGACUCGCUUUCAACUGCAGAGUCCUGCGCAACUGUUCUUGAAGAAAAUUAUACCAGCCCCACUGACAGCCUUCUUGUGUGCAUUUAAUGUAUUGAUAAUCCGAGGAGAAGAGUAUGAGAGUGGGAUAGAAAUAAUGGAUAGCAAUGGCUGCAUUGUUGGAGUGUCAAAGAAAGCAGGAGAAAAGGCAGUAAAAGAAACAGCGUUUUCCAGAGCAGUAAUGAUUGGGACAGCAUUAUUUAUUCCAGAUAUUGCUCUACACUACUUAAAACGCACAAAUAUUUUAAUCCGAAAUCCACUUGUUUGCAGUCCCCUGAAAUUUAUUAUGAUGGUUUCAGUCCUUGGAGUGAUGAUACCUGUUUCAUUUAGUUGGAUGCCACAAUUAGGAACGAUUCAACGGAGUUUAAUUGAGCCAGAAAUAAUCUCAUCUACUGAAGAAACAGAGUUCUUUUACAACAGGGGGGUUUAAAUGGAGAAUUUGAUAACUUGUAGGUUGGUUGGUGAUACAUUCAUUUGAAAGUUUUGUUUCUAAGCUUAAAGAAGUAUCUUGAUUCUUUCCAACUUGUGCUUUUGGAUUAUGUGAUGAGUUUGCAUAAUGUGUGGAAAGUGUAACAACUUUGCCAAUACAACUGAGAGAAAGAAACAUAUCACUGAUGCCGUCUCAAAAGAGACUGGAUUUAAUUUUGUGAUCUCUGUAUGUAGCUAUUAAAAGCCCAUGAUGGAGAA